AUGAUUGGCCGAUUGUUGCGUGGUGCCUGGUCUAUCUCCCAGCCGAGCUCUUCGAAAAAUUUUCAGAAAAUCAUCGUGGCAGCCCACCGAAACAUGUACAUACAAGUUCAAGACACACCAAAUCCGUUGACGCUAAAAUUUCUCCCAGGACAAACGCUAAUCAAUGAGGAAAGUCGAACCUAUGAAUUUCCGAAUGUAUCGUCGGCAAAAACGAGUCCAUUGGCUUUACAAUUAUUCAGAAUUGAUGGCGUGAAAUCCGUUUUCUUCGGCCAAGAUUUCAUCACUAUAACAAAGAAAGAUGAGGAUACGGACUGGGGACUAAUGAGGCCGCACAUUUUUGCCACCAUUGCCGAUUAUGUGCAAAGCGGGAAAGCUAUCGUUUCGGAAGGUCAUGUUCCUGAAUAUUCCGAUACUGCUAUUCUCGACACCGAUGAUGACACGGUGGCCAUGAUAAAAGAGCUACUUGAAAGUCGAGUGAGACCGAUGGUGCAAGAGGAUGGUGGCGAUAUCACGUACAUGGGAUUCGAGAAUGGCAUUGUCAAGUUAAAGCUGAAGGGUUCAUGCACCGGAUGUCCGUCAUCCUCCGUGACCUUGAAAAGUGGAAUCCAGAAUAUGCUGCAGUUUUAUGUUCCCGAAGUCAAGGAAGUAAUUGAAGUAAAGGAUGAAGGUGAUAAUUUGGCCGAGGACGAGUUCAAAAGAAUCGAAAGACAACUUGGAAUAACAGACCCA